GGGGCGGGGUGGAUAAAGGCGGUUGGGGGCGGGGCGCUCAGUGUGUCUGCGCCGCGGGAGAAGACGCGCCGGCUGCCGCUCCUCGGAAAUGGCCUGCAGCCCGCGAAGCCCCCCCAGGUACCGGAGCCGCUGCGACCGCGACGCCAGCCCGCCGCCGCCAGCGAGAUGGAGCCUCGGGCGCAAGCGCAGAGCCGACGGCCCGCACGGGGCGUCCGAGGACGCCGAGGGCCCCGCGAAGCCGGCGGACGACCGCAGACCCGACAGCUUCACCACUCCUGAGGGCCCGAAGCCCCGGUCCAGGUGUUCGGAUUGGGCAACUGCCGUGGAGGAGGACGAGAUGAGGACCAGAGUGAACAAGGAGAUCGCCAGGUACAAGAGGAAACUCCUCAUAAACGACUUCGGGAGAGAGCGGAAGGCGUCGCUGGGAAGCUGUGAUGCGAAGGCAACCCCACCCGCGGUGCCGGCCGACCUGGAGACAGACGAGAGCGUCCUGAUGAGGAGGCAGAAGCAGAUCAACUACGGGAAGAACACCAUGGCCUACGACCGCUACAUCCGGGAGGUCCCCAGGCACCUUCGGCAGCCUGGCAUCCACCCCAAGACCCCCAACAAGUUCAAGAAGUACAGCCGGCGCUCGUGGGACCAGCAGAUCAAGCUCUGGAAGGUGGCUCUGCACUUCUGGGACCCUCCAGCUGAGGAAGGAUGUGAUUUUCAAGAGAUGCGCCCCGUGGACCUCGGGGAGAUGGAGACGGAAUCCGUGGAGAGCAGCUCCGAGUCCCAGGCCAGCUCUCAGGACAACAACCUCGACAUGUACUCGGGCACGCCCACCAAAGUCAGACACGUGGAGUGCCGGCUGGAGGACCAGUUCGACCUGGAAGCCUGUUUAACCGAGCCCCUGAAGGACUUCUCGGCCACGAGCUAACCAUCUGGUGCCAUGCGGCGGCCUCGGGCGGCGCCCGGCCUGGCCCGGCGGAGGGCCAGCCAAGCAAGCGUGUGCUCGGCACACGGCGGCUCCUGUUCAUAGUUUGUUAUCUCCUGGUGAAUUGUUCUCCUUGCCUUAUUUUCUUAAGAAACAAUUUUAUGUAUACUGAGUGAAUUGUGCAUGUUUUAAGUCGCAAAUGGAACUAAAUCCAACGAAAAU